AUGGGUCCUUCAGGUCUGAAGGGUGGAGAGGGUCUUCCUGGUGUUGCCGGACAAGUUGGUGCUACUGGAGAGAGAGGGCCUGCUGGGCCAGCUGGUGCUAUUGGACAGCCCGGGCGGUCUGGAGGCGUGGGGCCUGCUGGGCCCAUGGGAGAGAAAGGAGAUCCGGGAGAGAGGGGGCUUGUGGGACCAGCGGGGCAGGAUGGUGAACAAGGGCCAGUUGGACUACCAGGGGCUGCGGGGCCUCUGGGACCUCCAGGAGAGGAUGGAGAUAAGGGAGAAACAGGAGUUCCAGGCCAGAAAGGCAGCAAAGGGGACAAGGGAGAAUCUGGACCACCAGGACUAUUUGGAAUUCAAGGACCUGUUGGCCCUCCUGGACCUCCGGGUUCAGAUGGAGAGACUGGGCCUCGGGGACAGCAGGGAAUGAACGGAGUCAAAGGGGAUGAGGGGCAGAGAGGCUUCAAAGGUGCUUCUGGUCCGUCUGGUCUACAGGGGAUGCCUGGACAGCCUGGUGACAAGGGUGAAAAUGGGCAUGUUGGUUCAAUGGGACCCCCGGGACUACAUGGACCGAGAGGGCCACCAGGCUCCAUCGGUGGAGAGGGCCAUGCUGGAUUGCAGGGUGGAGUUGGUCAGCCUGGACUGGUUGGAGAGAAGGGUGAGGACGGAGAAGCAGGAAACCCAGGCCCCCCUGGUGAACUGGGUAUUGCUGGAACAAAAGGAGAGUUUGGAGACAAGGGUGACACUGGUACUCCUGGAGUAGCAGGACCACCAGGGCCAAGAGGAACACCAGGCGAGGAUGGGUCCAAGGGCCACAUCGGUCCUCCUGGGUUUCCUGGAGAUCCUGGACCCCCUGGGGAACCUGGAAGCAAUGGGGUGGAUGGUGUAGCAGGGCCUAAAGGAGACAAUGGAGAACCAGGAAAAGCAGGACCCGCUGGAGCAUCAGGAGAACCAGGACCUUCUGGCCCUCCUGGACGACGGGGUCAUGUUGGGCCAGCUGGAAAAGAAGGGAAGCAGGGGAUGAAAGGGGCUAAAGGUGCAACAGGAGGGCAGGGUCCUGUUGGAAGGACCGGCCCAGUGGGAGCACAAGGGCAGCCAGGGAGAGACGGUCCUGAGGGACUGAGAGGCAUCCCAGGGCCUGCGGGAGAACAAGGGUUGAAUGGGCCGCCAGGACAAACCGGACCACCAGGACCAAUUGGCCCCAAUGGACUCCCAGGCCUGAAAGGAGACCCAGGAACUAAGGGAGAUAAGGGUCACGGAGGCCUCAUCGGUCUAAUUGGUCCACCAGGAGAACCAGGAGAGAAGGGAGACCGAGGAUUACCAGGCGCUGAAGGUGCUCAUGGGCCUAAAGGAGAUCAGGGUAAAUCUGGACAACAAGGUCCUACAGGCCCACCGGGACCUCCCGGGUUAUCUGGUCUAGCAGGUGAGAAAGGAUCAAAGGGAGACACGGGAACUGUUGGCAUUAGGGGAGACACAGGACCAGCUGGACCACCUGGACCUGCAGGACCACCUGCAACAUAUGUGGAGCCGUUGCCAAUUAGGGAAGGCAAGCGCAAGAAAAAAAGGCAUUUGGAUCAAGAAUUAGCAUCAGCCAUAGAAAGCGACUUCCUCCAAGGAGACGAGGCUCUGGAGGAUGCAGAGGGCAUGGAGGAGGUUUUUGCCUCUCUCGCCUCCAUGAAGACUGAGGUAGAGCUGAUGAGGCGGCCCCUGGGAACCUUUGAGAGCCCUGCACGCACCUGCAAAGAGCUCAUGAUGGUCCAACCGAAGUACAAAGAUGGAGAGUACUGGAUAGACCCGAACCAAGGCUGUCACAAGGACUCUAUCAAGGUCUAUUGUAACUUCACGGCAAACGGAGAGACUUGUCUCUACCCGGACAAAAAGAUUGAGACGGUCAAAUUAUCAUCAUGGAAUAAGGAGAAGCCUGGAAGCUGGUACAGCCAAUACAAGAAAGGAAAGCAGUUCUCCUACAUUGACAGAGAUGGGAACCCGGUGCAUGUGGUCCAACUGACCUUCCUCAAACUGCUCAGUGCCACAGCCUCUCAGAACUUCACCUACACCUGCCAGAACUCAGCGGGGUGGUUCGACAGCACGUCUCUGUCCUACCAGCAUGCCCUGCGCCUGAGGGCCAGCACCGAUGAGGAGCUGAGCCAGAGCAAGAGCCCGUUCAUCCACGCUGCACAUGAUGGAUGCAAGCUCCGUUCCGGCCAGGAGAGGACGGUCCUAGAGAUCAAUUCUUCUUCAGAGUUACUUCCUAUUAUAGAUUUUGCUCCAUCAGAUUUUGGUCACAACAAUCAGAAGUUUGGAUUCCAAGUCGGACCUGUAUGUUUCAAUGGUUAA